AUGUAUUCAUUAAUUCGAAAUAGUAUUGCUCGAAUAAUUCAACGAGAUUUCAUAUCAAACAUUGGUUUUUCAUAUCGUUCAAGUACAACUAACAUCUCACCAUCAAAUGAAACACCGAAAGAUGCUGAUAAUACAACUAAAUCCGAUUCGAAAUUCCCAGAUAAAACCAAAACAACUGACGUAAAAGUGCCAUGGAAAUCAAAUGUAAUCGAAAUACCAGUUGCUAUGAGCUCCCAAUAUUUAAUGGAGAAUUUCCGUGAACAUCGUCAAGGUGGUUUUUAUUAUGAUCAUAGAAUUAUAGUACCUGAAAUGCCAGAAAAAUAUACAACUAAGCCAUUUGAAACACGAAAAACGGGUGGAAAUCAUCCUGAUACGGGUAGAAAAGAAUAUCGUCGAGUUGGUGGUGGCUUAAAAAAGACUUGGCUAUGGAUUGAUACUAUGCGGCAAGGGCCAAAAAGUGGUCCACCGCUAGUUGAACGUGUUAUUCGUAUUGUCAAUAGUGAUUGUCAUACAGCUAAAGCUGCUUUAAUUGGACAUGGAAAUACUCUUCGAUAUAUAUUAGCAACUGAAAAUCUUAAAGUUGGUGAUCUUGUUAAAACAUCUGGUGACAUACCAAAAAAUCCAGUAAAAGCAAGUGAAGGUGAUGCAUAUCCAGUUGGUGCAUUACCAACUGGUACAAUAGUUAAUUGUGUUGAAGGUUAUCCCGGGCAAGGUGCCAGAUAUGCAAUGAACGCUGGCACAUAUGCAACAAUAAUGAAACGUGUUGAUGAUCGAUGUAUUUUACAAUUACCUACAAAACAUGAAAUAUCGAUACUUGAACAAUGUAUGGUUACUGUUGGUCGUCUAUCGAAUGUUGCACACAAUGAAUUCGUUUAUGGCAAAGCUGGUGCAACACGUUUAUUGGGUAUAAGACCAAAACUUGGUUUGUUCCAUAAGAAAACAUCUCGAUUUGGACGAAGACCAUUUCGAGCUAGACCUAUACUUGUUAUUACUGGUGAAAAACCUGAAUAUCCAAAUGUGAUCAAGUUACAACAUCCUUCCAUUGAUCCUUAUAGAUAA